AUGGACAACAGGUCUUCAGUCCUGCAGAGAAGCAUAUAUACUUCUGUUUGCACUGAAGCAAUGGACACGUUGACGUGCUGUAUAUUGAACAACUAUGCAACGUUGGUAUCGAGAAGGUCAAGACUUCAGGAUUGUUCUACACAUCAAACAAAAUCAGUUCAGAGCUGUGAUGGAGUAUCAGACAUAGACAGCUACAAAUCAAGAGCAUUAACUGCGCUCUCUGUUUCAAAACUCUGGCAUGUCCAGAGGGCGUUUGAAGUAUCCAAAGUUAUUAAACUGCAGCCAAGUGUAAUCAAAGUCAUAGCUUACAAAAAUGGCACAAAGAUCUUUGCUAAAGUUUCUGUGUCCUUAAUUAAGCCACUGCUGGAGGACUGCUCUGAAAAGCUGAAUCUGAACAUGGCUGCACGAUGAGUGUUCUUGGCAGACGGCACUGAAGCACUAGAACCUAAAGACAUACCCCAUGAUGCCGAUGUUUAUAUUUCAACUGGAGAGACCUUUUUAUAUCCAUUCAAAAAAAUAAAAGACCAUCUGUCAUUAAUGAAGAAAGUAUCUUGGACAGUGAAUGGCCUGGUUCUUCAUGAUGGUGUCAAGCAAAAGAAAACCAAACCUAUCAUUUCCAACCGCAUAUAGAAAAUUAUUGAGGACACCUCUGACAGAAUUUUAGUGUUUAAGAACUGCACAGGGCAGGAUAACUAUGAGACUAUUGCAUCACAAAAUCAAAUUGAAAAGGUUUUAGAAGAACUGAUAUGCUGUCUUUGUUUUCAGCUCCUCCGCUUGACAGAUGCCUGCAAAAUUCCAUCACACCUUUGUGUGGACCUGUUUGGGUCUUUAAGAGAGAAGGUUUCAGCCUCUCAGCAGCAAAGAUUUGUAUCCCAGGAGCUCUAUUGGCCCUGCACCACGAUUAAAGUCUGCAAACUGUUGCAAACAGUUAGAAAGGAAAGACGUGAAGGUUUUGGAACAAAUCCGAGAGUACGCAGAGCAGAAGGCGGGGACGACAGCUUGCACCGGGCCUGUGACCGGAGAAACCCGAGGUGUCUAACCACGCCUCAGGAGUCAGCAGUGCUCGCAGAGCAAUCGCUUUUCAGUCAAAGACCGCGGCAGAAGGAAGAGGACCCAAGAUUCAGAACCGUCUUGAGGGGGACGAGAUGGCCAACCGCCCCUCCGCGCUGCGCGCUCCAUGCGCCGCUGGGCGG